AUGUCGUACUCUCGCUUGCCACCUCCUUCGUACAGUGCGUUUCCCGAGGAACCACCUGAAUACGAAUACACGUUCGAGAAACCCAAAGAACCUGUUGAGUCGGAAAAAUUUGAGGAAUCGUUUGAAAUUGCAGCCCCAAAAUACAAUGAUAAGCCCUUUACAGCACUCUUUCUCGCAACCGUGGGCCUGUUUUUGUUGCUUGCCUUCAAGUCCAUCAACAGCAUUUUGUCAAAUAAGUCGAUAGGCGUUCAAGAGAUUGUCAUUUCCAAGUCUUCAAGUUUUUCAGCUAUCGUUCCGCUCCUGUUUACCGUGUUCACCAUCCCAAUUGUGAGCUCCAUGGCUAUGCUCUAUUUUGUGUGGGCCAUGCCGGUGCUAUUCGUGGUUUUGGGAUACUUCAUGCUUCCCAUCACCGCUUUUGGACUCUCAAUCACACUGGUGCUUUACGGAAAGCCAGGACCCGCCGUUUUCCUUGCUCUUGGUGGCCUCUUCCAAUUAUGGUACCUCUUCCGCAUCCGCAGAAACAUCAGCUUCACCGGCCUCGUUUUCCGCAUUAUUAUUGAGACCAUGUUCCAAUAUCCUUCCACGAUUCUCGUUUCGUGCAUAAGCUCGCUGCUAUCGGGUAUUGUUGGACUCACUUACCUUAUCCUGGCUUCUAUCAUAGCCUUUGAUCGGUUGAAGAGAGACGACGCCAAUUGUCCUCAUGACAGCGACGGGAACGAUGUUUGUGUCUCCAACACAACUCUUGCGAUCAAUCUGUUCACCUUGUUCACCGGUUACUUUGUUUUCGAAGUGAUUGAGAACCUCACUCACGUCACAAUUAGUGGAAUUUACGGUUCGUGGUAUUUCUUCCACGCAUCUGCCGUGAAACCAUUAAACCCAGCUUGGGGCUCGUUCAAAAGAGCCAUAACCUACUCGUUUGGAAGUAUCUGCUUUGGAUCCCUGAUCGUCUCCGUCACAAGAACUAUUCGCGCAGCCAUCACCAUGAUGAAGGAAAAAGUGCAAGACAGACAAUUCAACAGAGACGAAGGGGAAGGUAAUGGAGCAAUCAUGUGCGCUUUGAUCUGUAUUUUCUCCAUUUUCGAGUGGAUUGCCGAUCAGGCAGAGUUUUGGAUCAAAUGGUUCAAUAAGUUCGCCUACUCGUACCUUGCGCUGUACGGAAAAGAUUAUCUUUCUUCUGCCAGAGAUACUUACGAACUAUUGAGAUUUAGAGGACUUUUGGUUUUGGUUACUGAUUGUUUGGUUGAGUCUACAAUCACUCUGUGUUCGAUCCUGAUUGCUCUACUGAGUGGUGGAAUUUUCUAUUUCAUCUACGAAGGAACUCAGCUUUUCCAAGAGAUGUCUCCUGCUGCACUGACUUUCUGCUUUAUUUUGCAGCUACUUCUUGGACUCUUCAUCACCAAGGUAACGCUCAAUUCAGUCAACUCUGGCUUUAUCACUUUCCUGAUUGCUCUGAGUAUCAAUCCAGAAGUGUUUGAACAGACUUAUCACGAUUAUUACGUCAAGCUCACAAACUUUUACCCUGAAAUCAGUCACACGCUCAAGACUCCGUUUCCAGAAACUGUGUAA